GCUGCAUCGUAAUUAUGUAACCUGAAGAGCUGCAGAGACGAUCUUUGAAGAAGCAGGACUUUCUGCAUCUGCAUGCAAGUUGGCUGACAUGGUGCAUGUACUGACGAGGUGCAUGUAGACGCGAAUAGAACAGAUAUAGGUUCUAAAGAGUGAGGCGAGUAUUCUAGAGAGAGGAGGCACAUACCCUGCAAGAGGACUGGCAGAACAUUAGAUCCGGGCUGCUGAGAUGGACCCUCCACACUCUUUAAAAUAACCUGUUUGCCUUGCAGUUCUAUUAAUUUCAUUUAUUAUUAUUAUUUUUUUUUUUUGCACAAGUCCAAUAGUUGUGCUAUGGCUUGGCCGUGCAUCAGCAGAGUGUGCUGCCUGGCUCGGUUCUGGAACCAAUUGGACAAAUCGGACCUCUCCGUGCCGCUCACCAUCCAGAACUACUCGGACAUCUCCGAGCAGGACGUGCGCUCCGUCACCCAGCAGGUCGCGUCCUCGGAGGUCAACUACACCCCGGCCCCCGGUGCCGACGGGCCGGAGGCGAGAGGGUGUUUCCGGGCACGGAGGGAGGCCGGUCACAAGCCCCGGGAGGACGAGCAGCCUGCGCGGGUGCCUUUCCCCAGCGUCACGCAGUACAAGCAGGACUUCAAACCCUGGCCCAUACCGAAGAAGGAACACUUCCCCUGGAUCAGUGAUGGGGGCAGCCCGGUGAAGAAGCAGGAGGAGGGAGGAAGAAGCAGCUACAGAAAAGAGUACAGGCCAUGGACCAGACCCAUCAACAGCAGCAGAAAACCACCUCCAGCUCCAUAUUCCAACCCGAGGACCAACCAGGACUGUCCUCAUGUCCCAACUGAGACCAGCUAUCAGGCUGCCUACAGCGGCGAGGCCAACAGAGCAUCCAGCAUAAGAAUGUGGAGCUCAGCACGUCAACAAAGAAUCAGGAACAUCUGGUUAGGACCAAGCUGCCACCAAACCCUUCUGCUCUCUUUCAAAGUGGACCGCGAGCCUUUUAGCAAGCGAGUGGCACCAGGCGAGAUGGUCUUCACACCAGAAUCUAUGCAAGGUGGUCCCUGCAGAGCUGAGAGGAUGACAUGACAUGACAUCGACCCCACAGGAGGCCCCCACGCUCCCAUGGCCUGCCUCCUUCCUUUACAGCCCGGUUUGCUUCAGUUACUCUAGAAUUGAAUAUGCAUGUCACGGAACUAGCGUGUUAUGCUGCUACACAAGACAAUGUGUCAUUCCUCUUAAGUCAUGUUGCUUGAAAUGAAACUUUUUCUUAGUUUCAGCAGUUUACCAUGCUUAUAUUUAAUUAUUUAGAAAUUAUUAGUUUGUUAAUCAUUAUACUGUAGUGAGAGGAAAAUGUGAAAAGGGUAAACGAAAUAAUGAAAUAAAAGUAUUAGGUCUU